AUGCUCAAGCUGAUAGGUCUUCUGGCCAUUUUGGCGAUGUGUUGUCAUGGUAAGUUCUAAACGAUAGGGCGGUCGGUAGCCUUUAAAUAGCCAAGAAGAAAGUUUUAGUCAUAGAAAAAAAUUUUCGAAUUGCGGAACUCCCACUUUGAAACUAAUAGACUUGAUCAUUACAAAACGGAAGGCUUCCACGUGCGACGCUCAAAUUUUCUUUAUACUUUGCACACACAUCAGGCAAAGGCCACAUAUCAAUUUCUAAAUGGUUUAGCCCCCGCUUUGCGGGCGCAGCCGAGGUAUAAAGCGAUCUUUCGCCGCCGAGAGAGCUCGCGAAACAUGGAUGACGGCCAUGGAUAAACACACUUUUUCGCCAUAACUUUACUAGUUUCGUGUGAAAAAAAUCUUUUUUUGUGGGAACAUUGCCCUCUAUGGUAGAAAAAGAUAUUAAAUUUUUCAUGCCAAUACUCGAAAAAGUGUCGCAUUUUUGCAUACUUUCGACCUAAAAACCUCAGUCGUUUCUACAAAACGCCAACUACCCGUCUCUCAUACGUCUUACAAGAGACUGAUCUAAAUUUAUGCCAAGUUUCAUCAAGAUCUGAGCGUCGCACUUGGAGUACUUCCCUUGUAAGUAAUAAAAGUAAUUGCAGCUCGUUACAACCCACACACAUCCAUGUAAGUAUCAAGAAUGUUCUCCUUACAGCUUAUCCAGAAAUCAUUGAAUAUAUGUCCACUAUGCGUAUAUACCCAAGGUCUUAAUAACCAAUUUUGAUUGAUUUUUCAGGCCUCUAGCCCCCGUAACCCCAGUUAUAGGGUUCUUUCCAGCCGGGCUUCCGGCCGUCACGCAACUCCCAACCCGUCAACCGAUCACUCCGGUGACGCGCAGAAGUAUGGCAUAUUUUCUUACAAGCCUGGCAAUUGAAAAUUUUAGGAUUUAAGCGACGUGGAACUUUUACUCUCCCUUCCCAAUCCCAUAAAAAGUGCAAAACUUUCUGGUGCAGGAUUUUUGGACCAUAAUGAAUCAAUCAGCUUGUGUCAAGGAAUUUAAAAUAAUAUAGCUAAAAUAAAGCCCAUUAUCAUGAAUAUAAUUGGUUGGCAUUUCUUCUUCAAAAGGCAAAAAAUGCAAGUGUUGUUUUUGGGUGAGAUGCACCGUGCAAAGAUGACUUGAGGACGAGUACGAGGGCGUAUGUGUCUUUUGCAACGUUUCAUGUGAGGGCCUAAUACAGUGACGGACCUGAUCGGGUGGCAAAAAACGUACCAUCCUGCGUCCGGGGUGUAGAAAUGGGGAAUUUUUGGGGCGAGAGAGUACGUUUUUGCGUGUCUUUUUUCUCUCUUUCUCUGCAAAAUCAAGACGAAGUGUAAAAAACCAAUAGCGAAGAGUCUAUUCCGGUCAACGGACUCUUCAGUUUGACGUGGGGCGCGCUUUUGAAAUCGGAGUCUUUUCACUUGGAGAGGGAGGUACUUUUCUUCAUUUUUUGAUACUUCCCGGAUACAAUAUGGCACGUUUUUUGCCAUUGGAUCAGAUCCGCUACUGUAUGAGCCAAUGUUUCAUAGAUAUUUCAUCAGCAGGCCAAUGGGGCGAAAUGACAGCCAAAUUUUUCAAAUAAGGCUAAUAACUAGCCAAAAAAACCGGGAUCGGCUACUCCAACUUCUUCGUUGGCUUUUUUCAAGGCUUCACAGCUAUCUCGACGUCAUACUUUGGCUAGACGAUCAAAACAUUUUUACGUAUUCGUCCUAAAAAAUGCUGAUGUACAGUAUUCUGAUCUUUGUACCUCUUUUUACGACAUGUCUAACCAAAAUCUAUGAAUAAAAUGGUCUAACCAUAUGAAUUCAAGUUAUUAAUUAUGUGCUAUUCAGUAGCUUUCUUUGUCAUGGUGGGUAAUAAAAUUUUGUCAGACUGUAAUAAAUUUUUGAUAAAACAGUUUCAAGGAUCCUCCAUUUUUAAAAAUUCCGACGCUUGGAAAAAGCACGCUGUUUGUCAUGAACAAAUAUUUCUUACUUUUGUCUGUUUUUCUUGUUGUUCUUUGUCAAGGUUUGUUAUUUAUCAAUGUAUUGCUUCAUUAUUUCUGUCACUUCUCCAGCAACUCUUGGCUGGAGAAUCUCGCCUGUAGCAGCAAAUAAAAAGCUAAAAUUUUGAACCAAUUUUGCAACACCAAAGCCUUAAUUGCACUUGUGUUUAUACGAACUAGCCUCCAAUUUUUAGGUGAAUUUUGCACACCAUCAUUCAACGUCAGGUAGGGUAUUUUACCGUGUUCCUUGACCACUGCCGUUUGUUUUCUUUCUUAUAAUAUUUUCUAAGAAUAACUUUUUCAGUCAUCCAACUCCUUAUUACAACUUCUACAUGCAAGCAGCAGACCCCACAAUUCGGUUGAAAAGAAAAAGUCGGUUAAAUUCGGAGAUUGCCACGGCUAAAACUUCGGCUCCGGUUCUUGGCUCUCAGAGCCGGAGCCGAGGCCAAAUUUGCGACUCCGGCUCUCGUGUAAAAUUUGAAGAGGGUCCGGCUCCGUAUACGCAUUAUGCAAACGACUCCGGCUCGGAGCCGCUCAAAGCCGGAGCCAAGAGCCGGCUUCGGAGCCGUGGCAAUCUCUGGUUGAAUUUACAAGUUUUUUGUCUCACUUCUUUAAUUUUUCAGAUUGGUUAUAUAAUUUUUUGAAAAAACAUGGUCUCGGAUACGACAAGAACAAAGCACACUGCAUGAUCUACUGA